AUUGUGUUUUUACAGACAGGGAAUAAGUACACGCCGGCAGCGACCUCUGAGGAUGGAGUCAAAAAACCUAAAAAAGGAAAGAAAAACAAGAAGGACAUGGAGGAACUGAAGAAAGAAGUUGAGCUGGAGGACCACAAGUUAACCUUGGAAGAGCUUCACCGCAAGUACGGUACUGACCUGAGCAAAGGUUUGUCCUCUCACCAAGCCAAGGAGAUCUUAGCCCGUGAUGGACCGAACACCCUGACUCCUCCCUUUACAACUCCUGAAUGGGUGAAGUUCUGCAGACAGCUCUUUGGUGGAUUUCAAACGCUGCUCUGGAUCGGUGCAUUUCUGUGCUUCUUUGCUUAUACAAUCCAGACUGCCUCAUUGGACGAACCAGCAAAUGACAAUCUGUAUCUCGGACUCGUGCUUACUUUUGUUGUCACCGUCAACGGAUGCUUCUCGUACUAUCAAGAGGCCAAGAGCUCUAGAAUCAUGGAGUCUUUCAAGAACCUUGUCCCUCAGCAAGCCCUGGUCAUACGUGAUGGAGAGAAGAGAAGCAUCAGUGCCGAGGAGGUGGUUGUAGGAGAUUUGGUGGAGGUUAAAGGUGGAGACAGAAUCCCAGCUGACCUCCGUGUCAUCUCCGCACACGGAUGCAAGGUGGACAACUCUUCGCUCACGGGUGAAUCUGAGCCCCAGAGUCGUACCCCUGACUUCUCCAGUGAAAACCCGUUAGAGACAAAAAACAUUGCAUUCUUUUCUACUAACUGUGUUGAAGGUAAUGCCAAGGGUGUCGUCAUCAACACCGGUGACCGCACCGUCAUGGGUCGUAUCGCCACCCUUGCCUCCAGCCUGGAAGUUGGACAGACACCGAUCUCAAAAGAAAUCGAACACUUCAUCCACAUCAUCACUGGUGUGGCUGUUUUCUUGGGUGUGACAUUCCUUAUCCUCUCUGUCAUUCUUGGUUACACCUGGUUGGAAGGCGUCAUUUUCCUUAUUGGAAUCAUUGUCGCUAAUGUACCUGAGGGUCUCCCCGCCACUGUAACUGUGUGUCUAACCCUGACUGCUAAACGCAUGGCAAAGAAGAACUGUCUGGUGAAGAAUCUUGAAGCUGUGGAGACGCUUGGCUCAACAACCACCAUCUGCUCGGAUAAAACUGGAACUUUAACCCAGAACCGGAUGACCGUGGCACACAUGUGGUUUGACAACCAGAUUCGUAUAGCAGACACCACAGAGAACCAGACCGGAACCUCAUUUGACAGAAGCUCUCCUACUUGGGCGGCCCUCGCACGUGUAGCCGGCCUCUGCAACCGCGCCGUCUUCCAAUCUGACCAGAGCCAUCUGCCGGUCCUUAAGCGAGAAACGGCUGGCGACGCCUCAGAGUCUGCUCUGUUGAAGUGUAUUGAGCUUUGCUGUGGUCCCGUGAGUGAAAUGAGAGAGAAGUACACGAAUGUCGCCGAGAUCCCUUUCAACUCCACCAACAAAUACCAGCUCUCAAUCCACAAGAAUCCCAAUUCCUCAGAAUCUAAACACCUGCUGGUGAUGAAAGGAGCCCCCGAGAGAGUUCUGGACCGAUGCUCCACCAUUUUAAUUGAGGGAAACGAACAACGCUUGGACGACGAAAUGAAGGAUGCUUUCCAAAAUGCAUAUGUUGAGCUUGGAGGUCUUGGAGAAAGAGUGUUGGGUUUCUGCCACUUUAGCCUUCCCGAUGACCAGUUCCCAGAUGAGUUUCCAUUCGACACUGACAACAUGAACUUCCCCACUGAGAAUCUGUGUUUUGUUGGCCUCAUGUCCAUGAUCGACCCGCCUCGUGCCGCCGUACCAGAUGCCGUGGUCAAAUGUCGGAGUGCAGGAAUCAAGGUUAUCAUGGUUACCGGUGACCAUCCGAUUACAGCUAAAGCUAUCGCAAAGGGUGUCGGCAUCAUCUCCGAGGGCAACGAGACUGUGGAUGACAUUGCCGCUCGUCUUAAAAUCCCAGUUGGAGAGGUUAAUCCAAGAGAUGCCAAAGCUUGUGUGGUCCACGGUGUAGAUUUGAAGAAUAUGACCUCAGAACAGCUGGACGAAGUCCUCCAACACCAUACAGAAAUAGUGUUCGCUAGAACGUCUCCGCAACAAAAACUGAUCAUAGUGGAAGGUUGUCAGCGACAGGGUGCCAUCGUGGCUGUAACAGGUGAUGGUGUGAAUGACUCUCCCGCUCUGAAGAAGGCUGAUAUCGGUGUGGCCAUGGGUAUCGCUGGAUCUGAUGUAUCCAAACAGGCCGCUGACAUGAUUCUUCUGGACGACAACUUUGCCUCAAUCGUCACUGGAGUCGAAGAAGGCCGUUUGAUCUUCGACAACUUGAAGAAGUCCAUUGCCUACACCUUGACCAGUAAGAUCCCCGAGAUGUCACCCUUCCUGUUUUUCGUCCUUGUGGGUAUUCCUCUACCUUUGGGCACAGUCACCAUUCUGUGUAUUGACCUGGGCACUGACAUGGUUCCUGCCAUCUCAUUGGCCUACGAAACUGCUGAAAGUGACAUCAUGAAAAGACAACCCAGAGAUGCUAAAACAGACAGGCUGGUGAACGAGAGACUGAUCAGCAUGAGUUACGGUCAGAUCGGCAUGAUGCAAGCCGUUGGAGGAUUCUUUACCUACUUUGUGAUUCUUGCUGAGAACGGAUUUCUGCCGUGGGAUCUGGUAGGAAUUCGAAUGGGUUGGGAAGACAGAUAUGCCAGUGACCUUGAAGACAGCUACGGCCAACAGUGGACAUAUGAACGCAGAAAGAUCGUGGAGUACACCUGCCACACAGCGUUCUUCACUAGCAUAGUGAUCGUGCAGUGGACUGACUUACUCAUCUGUAAAACCAGAAGACUUUCCAUCUUCCAGCAGGGAAUGAAAAACAAAGUCCUUAUCUUUGGACUGUUUGAAGAAACAGCCCUGGCAGCAUUCCUGUCCUACUGCCCAGGCAUGGACAUUGCCGUCAAAAUGUAUCCCAUGAAACCAAUGUGGUGGUGCUGUGCUUUGCCAUAUUCACUGCUCAUCUUCAUCUAUGAUGAAGUCAGAAAAUACAUCCUCAGACGAAACCCAGGAGGCUGGGUGGAACUAGAAACAUACUACUAAGAGCAGAAGACCAUCUCCAUGCCUAUGAAACAUGUUUGUUGUGAUGUCUUCAAAAUGAUAAAGAAUCUGGCAAUUUUCAAUUUUCUCAAUAAAAUGUAAAACUAUAUAAAGCCAAA